UAAAAACUUUAGAUUAAAUAAAAUUAAUUAUAAAAGAAACAGUAUAUACAACUAUUUUUGUAUUAGAUGCAGAAACAAGGCAGGUUGUGACAGUUGUUCCGAAUAUGUUUAUGUAGGUUAAUACAUAACCUACAAUGUUAUGUAACUUAACAUAACAUAACAUUACAGCCUUACCAAUGAGGCUGUAAGAGGUUCACCGUGUUCAUUAAAGAGACAUUCUGUCUCUGUAGCACCGACCAAAAGGUAAAAUUUCUAAAAGUUUGUGUCCAGGGUGUGGGGUCUAAGGAGAUGUCAGCUGCCCUUUUCCUGACCCUUGACCUGUACAAGAACUGAAUGGAGAGAAGGUCAACCCUGAUGAUCCUUUCUGCAGACCUGAUUGUUCCACUCUGGACCGGUUCUGUGCUGUUGAUGAACCAAAUCACCAAGCCUUCUUCUGAACAGUGUCUAUGUCACACUGUGUUGAAGAUGGUGAGGAGUGGGCUGGGGGGGAUUUUCUGUUAGUCCAGUAAACCAGCAGAUCCACCUCUCUACAUACAGACUCAUCCCUGUCCAAGGUCAGACCAAUAACAGUGGUGCCAUCUGCAAACUUCAGGACCUUCACAUGGGUCACUGAGGUCCUGUCAUCCGAGUAUAGAGAGAAGAAAAGUUGGGGGUUCUGGGGGUUCUGGUACUGGUUGUUCUUAAGGGUGAAAAGAAAAAGUUAAAAGAAAGCAUGAAAGAAGGAAAGAUAAAGAAAGAAAGAAAAAUGGAAGAGAAGAUAAAGAAAGAAAUCGAUGACAUAACCACCUUAACCAGCAGAUGGCGGUGUUGCAAACGAAAACUUCCCGUAAAAAAUCGAAGCAGAAGGAACUGACGGACCAUAGGAGCUCGGUUGGAAUUAGCAUCACCAUCAUGUCUCGGUGACCGAGUCCGUGUAUCAGGGACAGCAUCCUGAGAGGGGCCUUACUGUUCCGAAACGGAAUCCUUAAGAUGGCAGGCGAGGAGGAGAGGGGAGUGGUUCGAGUWAAAGUCAAGAAAUGCGAUGGAGCACUUCCUGUGGAGUCUCGCUCCUUUGCUGUUGAUCCUCAGAUAACGUCACUGGAGGUCCUGCAGCAUAUCCUCAUCAGAGCCUUCGACCUCAACGGGAAGCGGAAUUUCAGUGUAAGCUACCUGUCUCGAGAUCGAAGCAGCGUGGAGAUGUACCUGUCUCUGCUGUCUGACUGGGAUCUGGACGUUGCAUUUAUGAGUGCAGCCAAGCCGUUCCUGCAGCUCAAGAUGGAUGUGAAGCCUUCUGAGGACAGUCCAGUAAUGGAAGACUGGGACAUCAUAAGCCCAAAAGAUGUGAUUGGUUCAGAGCUGCUGCUUGGAGAAAGGACCAGGUCUUUGGCUUCUGCAGCGCUUCCCUUCACUCAGUCUCUGCUGUCCCAGGUGGGACGGACCCUGUCCCGAGUCCAGCAGGCCUUCACCUGGUCUUAUGGAGAGGAGAUCAAGCCUUUCAAACCUCCACUUAGUGAUUCAGAGUUUCACAGCUACCUUAACGGACAGGGCCAGCUGACUCGGCCCGAAGAACUCCGACUGCGGAUCUACCACGGUGGCGUGGAGCCGUCGCUGCGAAAGGUGGUUUGGCGGUACCUCCUUAAUGUGUACCCCGAUGGACUGAGCGGUCAGGAGAGAAUGGACUACAUGAAGAAGAAGACGAGGGAGUACGAGCAACUGAAGAGGGAGUGGACGGCCAGGGCCAGCCACGAGGACCUGGAGUUUAUCCGUGGGAAUGUCCUCAAGGACGUGCUGAGGACAGACCGGGCUCAUCCGUAUUACGCAGGCUCAGAAGACAGUCCGCACCUGACUGCCCUCACAGACCUGCUCACCACAUUUGCCAUCACACAUCCUCAGAUCUCCUACUGCCAAGGCAUGAGCGACAUAGCCUCACCUAUACUUGCAGUAAUGGACAACGAAGCACACACCUUCAUUUGUUUUUGUGGCAUUAUGAAACGCUUAGAGGGGAACUUUCGGCCAGACGGGCAGCUCAUGUCCAUUAAGUUCCAGCACCUGAAGCUGCUUCUGCAGUACUCUGAUCCUGAGUUCUACGUCUAUCUGGUGUCCCGGGGAGCCGACGACCUCUUUUUUUGUUAUCGGUGGCUCCUCCUGGAGCUCAAGCGAGAGUUUGCAUUUGAUGACGCUUUGAGGAUGCUGGAGGUAACUUGGAGCUCCCUGCCCCCAGAUCCUCCAGAAACCGAGGUGGAACUUGUGGGGCCACUGCUAGAGGGAGACGAAACGACGUCGUGCAAAGACGAGGCUGUUAACUGCCUUAAAGAUGAGGAGGUACAAAAAGAGAAGCAGCGUAGACGACAUAUGCUGAGACCAUCCAGAGAGGAAACGAAUAUGAGGAGGAAUCCCAUCACUGGAGGGAAGGCCGAUCAAACUGUAGGCUCUGGUGUAGAAAUGGAAGGCGUUGAAGAUGGUCAUUCUGAAGAAAUGUCAAAGAAGUCAAAUUUGCAGGGUCAUUUCUUUCAGAGACAACUCAGUUUUGGGGAGUUUAAAUACUACACAGCUCGAAGCCAAGGCAGCUUUGAUAUGGAGGAUCAGGAGCAGCCGCAGGGUUCUGCGACUUCGGAAGCAAACAACCCAAGGCGGCAGUCAACAGUUGACAGCGAGGACGACCCCGGAGAAAGAACCCCUCUCAUUAGAAACUCUGACUACGGUUUGUCUCCAAUAACUUCGCACACUCACUUCACUGGAGGACUUCCAGUCUGGAAAACUGGCUCAUCCGUCUCUCCCACAUCUUCACCUACAAACUCCAGCUGGCCAGGAGUUUCUCUGGACUUUCCUCUGGUGUCCACAGCUUCAUCUGCAGCGAAUUUAAGUGAGACCUCAUCAAGAACUGGCUCUAAAGUAUCAACCUCUUCAGCACAAGGUAUUAGCUCUCCAACCGGUACUUCUAAAACAUCAGCCGCCUCUCCUCCCACUCAGAAUAGAUCUGUUCUCUCCUCGCCCAUUUUGUCGUUUGGCGGAGGCUCCUCUGCGAACAACCUCCCCUCGCCUGGCAACAAAUCCCCCAGCACCAAAGCGAACACACCAAGCUCUUUAAAACCUGAAAGCACCAGCAUCAAGCCCUGCUCUUUGCCGCCUCCUCACGAGUUCGGCAAAGGGAACCCCUUCAUGCUGUUCUUGUGCCUGUCCAUCUUGUUGGAGCACCGGGACCACAUCAUGAAGAACAACAUGGACUACAAUGAGAUCGCCAUGCACUUUGAUCGCCUGGUGCGACGCCACAACCUCAGCAGGGUGCUGCAGAGAGCCAAGGCCUUGUUUGCAGACUAUUUACAGAGCGAAGUCUGGGACUCGGAAGAAGGGGAUGAGGUCAGCUCAGAUUCUCCGACAACAGCUGCCCCGCAGUCCCCCUCUUCAACCAUCUCCACCAGGCCCAUCUAUAGCCCGCUAGCCUCACCUCCAUCAUCACCCAACUCGACUUACAACCUGGCCACCACCAUUCCCUYCCCUUCAGCUCAAGUCUCCCUUUCCUCGGUGUCCUGAUUCCCUCACUGGAUUUUAAAUGGAUUUCUCAGUUGACUCUUGGUAACCUGUUGGAGAUCUUUUUCAAAUAGCCCCUUCCCUCCUGCUGAAUUGGUCUGUUACCAAUCUCCCCAUGCUAUGUAUGCCUGAUUACAUGUAUUCCCUAUAUCCGUCUGCAUCAUAAUGUUUCAUCUUUCUCUCUAUUUGUCUGAAAUAUGGGCUCAGACGGCUUCGUUGGCGGCUGUUUUCUCACAUGCUGUUGAAACAUGAAAUACUCAUUCAGUCCUUCUGCGUUCUGUAACUGAUGAUCUGCUCUCUUCAUUCAGCCUCUUCUUUGUAGCUUUGCUUACAAGUUCGGUUGCAGUCAUCUCAGGAGUGUCUCACCUGGAACCCUGAACAAAGUCACCAGAGAAUAUCCUCAAUCUGGCUUCAUUAAACACAAAACGUUUGUCUAUUCCUCUUUAAAAAAAACUUUCAUGCCUUAUAUCUUCUGUCUUUUUUUGAUACGUAUCCAAGCUGCUGUAUUGUUGGUUUUGAUAGCACUCUGCAUUGGGUCGAACUCAUAGGCUGUAUGCAAAAAAUGGACGUAGCCACUGUGAUGUCAACCAUUGCUUUGUGUUAUUUUAAUUCUAUUUCUACAUUAUGGGGGAGGCAGGAUAUCAGGAACACAUGUAAUUUGAUAUACGAUAAAUUAAUGUCUAUUAAGACUGACUCAAUUUUCUUGAGUCUGUCUUAUUUCUUGGUGAUUUUCUAAUUGCUCUUUGUGAGCUUUAGGAUCCAUCAAGUGUUGACAUCAGUAGCUGUAAAAAUUCACCCAGCAGGUCAAAUAUUCAGCUGAACACAAAAUUAUUCAUACCUUUGGUAUAUCUUUUCCUGUGUUUUCUUAACUUUUUAGAGAUGUCUGUCUCGUUUCCUAUCAAAACCUCUCUUGGCUAAAUGAAAUCAAAUAAAAUCUGGAUCUCAGGGGUAUUAGUAAUUUGAGGCUUAACCGUGCUAAUGGAUUGUUGAAUUUGCAUGCAUGGUAUUUUAAAUAUUUCCUAUCGAAUAUUGCAUCCAAGCAGUGUUUUGUGAUUGCAAUAUGGAAUACAUUGAUACUGCAACAGUUGCUUUGAUUGUUGUUUGAUAAAUAUUUUUGUUGCUCUCAUAGACAUGGAAAACUGGUCGUUCUUUUAUUUUGGUUAUUUUAACAUGUGCUUUAAAACUGGGCUCUUUUAAUAGUUUACUGAAAUAAGUAGUGGAAAAACAUUUAGUGACUAUAUAUUGUUAAAUGCUUUUUCUCAAUGAGACUCUGCCACCUAUGGGGUCAUCAGUGGUGCUGUGGUUUGGACGUUGGUCAAAUUGGAUCCAUGCUCCAAGGACAACCAGCCUUCCAGCUGGUCGUCCUAGAGUCAGUCAGUUUACUCCUUUAGGUAGAGGCAUGCUACAGGAGUAAAUGACAUAAACCAAUUUAAUGUUGUCUACCAGUCAUUUCAUAACCCAGGGUCCAUAUUCUCACAGAUUCCUCUCAGAGAGCUUUUACCUUAAGCUAGAAAUUCCUGCCAAGGACUGCUGGCUUAAAAGAGUGGCAGUAAAAUCAACUUUUUAAAGCUUUUCAUCAUGCUAUAAUGUUACUCCCUCAUCAAAAACAUGUCUAUAGUGUUGCUUUGAUUGUUGUUUGAGAAAUCCUUACAUUCCCAUGGCAACCAUUCGUGGCGCUUUGCUCAUACAAAGCGCCACCUUUUCCCCACAAAGCUCCUCCUUGGAGCUGCAGUCUCCAGCCGAGCUUCUGCCUCAUAACGCUGCCCUUCCUCGUGCCUGACCCGCUCAGCUCCUCCAGACAGGCGGCAGCAGUAAAACACUUGGUUGAACUGCACAGCGUCUGUUGAGGUCAUUAUAUGGACCGCCUCUCAGUUCAGCGCUCCUAAGAAUGGUUGAAAGCGGCAUAAUGAAUAACACCGUUUGUGAUGAUGUGCUCAAGGCGGAGUUUCGGAAAGAGCAGGAGCUUCUUAAAGAGACAGAAGUCCAGUUUUAAGGCGUUGAGUUUCUUUCAAGUCAUGUUACCUUCAUAACAACUGAAGGUAACGUAGGUAUUUGACUGCUAUAAAAUGCCACUAUGUGCCUGGAAAUGCAUAAUACCGUAAGAGUGAUUCAUUCAGCUGCUGAGGUAGGGGUUGACAUUCUUCUCUUAGUGAUGAGGUGUGGUUGACCCUGUUGCUAUGGGUGACGCUGGGACUUGGCCAAUAGACUUUGAUUGAUUAUUUGGCUUCUACUAUUUAAUGGAGAUUGGUAAAUAAUUUCAUGGAGUAUUACUGCCACCAAUUAGUAACAAGUCUGGACCAAAUGUCCCCUAACUUUUAUUGUACAGAAGGAAUGUUCUAAGAAAAAUCUUGAAAUUCGAGAAAUUCUAAGAAAUGUUCCUGCGGUGACAUCUUUAAAAGCCUCUUUUAGUCUCAGGAUUUGUUGAGAAUAUGGAUCCCGGCAUUGUUGCUCUCCUUCUUUGGGUAGUAUUGAUACUUGGCUUGUCUUUGGUGCCAACUUUUUAGUGCUCAUCAGCGUCUUUAUAACUUGCGAGGGCCCUGAAGGAUUCUUCCAGGCUGUUCCCAACGGAUGUCAGAGCCACACCAACAUAGAAACCCUGAUUUGGCUGAGACUGCGUCCAUCUUUAGCAUACAGUAUAUGGUUCAGAGUACUCAUGUUGUACCUUACAGUGUUUCUAGAUUUCUAUUUAAAUCUAUACUUAUAUAGUAUAGUAUAGUAUACUGAUGAGACAAAAGCAUCAGUGUGUUAUUUUUGAAGCCUUUCAUCUUGCUCUGCACAGCCUGAUAUUUUUGCUUUGUUGUGAUUAGAGGUCAGUUGUUCUUAAAAGGACCUGGUGCUUCUGAUUUAGAAUCAACAUGAAGAUAUGGGAGAACCUGUAAAAAAUCAAAUCAAAAGUUUUAGCAUAUGUGAACCUGAGAGAUUUUGGGUUAUUUCAAUGACGGAGUUAACCUCAUGCUGCAUGACAUAAAACUUGCAGGAUCUUAUGCUAAGAGCUGGGCAGACCGCACAAGACAUUGUUUGUAUUGACACGCAUUAAUGAAUAUACAAUUAAUGGUAAAUUUCAACUAAUGAUGCAAAGCCUUUUAUUGUAAGGGGAUCCCAGUUUGAAUGAUGGAUGUUACGCUGUGUUUUUUAGCCAACAGUAAAAUAACCACAACAGCAGAACAGCCUGGAGCACAAGUGCCUCUAAAUCACUAACUUUGACUUAUUCUUUCUGUGCUCUUUAUAGUUUACAACACUUUGGGUGAAACUAAAUAACAAAGUGAAAUAUAGUUAAGGACACGGUGAUUUUUGGAAUCUCUUUAAAGUUUUAUUGGUAAUUUGACUCUACAUUGAUGGGAUAACUUCAGAUUUUCAAUAGAACCACUCGGUGUUCUAUUGAAAAGUUGCUUACUCAGCAACUUUUAAAUGUCCGUUUCUAACCUUUAGAUGAGUUGUUUUAAGGAAAAACAUGAACAAAUUUCUGGAACCUUGGUACUGUCUUGCUUGACUGUGAUCCAACUUUGCACCAGCCUUUUCAAGAUUUUGGUUCCUACUUUUUGCAUGAUUUAGUUAAUGAGAGCAUGUCUUGAUUUCAGUCUAUGUUUACUAAGUGUUUUAUGUUGCCUGGAUUAUUUCUUUAAAGGUAUCUCUAAGAUACAUCUUUGAAUAAAGAUUCUAGCUUUUGAGCUAAAAAGGACUUUCCACCUGCUUUGGUUGAAAACGAAUCUCCCAAAAGAGAUCUUGAAUUUCUUCCAAAUAUAACAAAUGAGCUUGUUUUGUUUUGGUUUUUGAAACAAGAUGUUCCAAAAAGAAUUAUUCUAAAAGAUCAUCGCCUCAUUUAUCCCUGAUCCACUAAAUUAAAUAAAAUCAGAGGUGAAUCAACUAAAGCAAACAAUGUUGACUAAGGAUAAAGGCAGAGAAAAUUCCCCCUAAUCUAAUAAUAAUAGAUCAGCUUUUGCAGAAUUAUUUCAAUAUGAUCAGGAUUAAACCAGGAACUGCAUCAUGUUGUGAUUCCAAUGUUUGAUCUGAACUAUUUGUUUUUCUCUCAUGAUUGUAAUGAGCACAGACAGCGCAUGUCUUCUUUUUCUUUUAGAUGAUCUUUUGUUAGUUUUUCCUUUUUUAAUGAUGUAUACAUGGUGACAUGCCUUAAAUGAGUUUGACAGAUCACAUUGCAGCAAGGAUUGGCAGUCUAAGCGGUGCAGGUUCACCUGCUGGAGCUUUUUCUUCUAUUUAACUCCUGAACCAUUCAGUCACCAUUAAAGUGUACCACCAGGCAAAAAAACAAAACAAAAAACCAAUAAAUAUUUGUUGUGGCACGUCUAAUUUUCUGUUUUAAAAUGUUUUUUAAGACUGGUGACAGUGAUGAUGAAAUAGAACAGCAGGAAUUGUUGAUGUAUGAUUUCUCUACCAAACAGAGACUCAAGAAUGCAGCUAACAAUUCAGCAUUAACAGCUUUAUUGUCUUAUGUAACACUCGGAAGUUUGUCUGCAGCUUCUCUUUGUGGUGCAGAUUGAUUUAUGGAGCUCAAGAGCAAAAUCUUACAUUUCUUCAGAUUUCCCCAUUUGAUUGUUUCUUUUCAUAAUGUGGAGAGCAGCCAAUGUCUGCAGAGAUGUACAGUGAGCAGAUGGACUUUGUUGAGCUGGUGAUGAGAUGCUGUUGGUUCAAACUCAACUGAUGUCACUUCACACAAGUUCAUCUUUUAAACACAUAUUAAUGUUGUUUAUUGUAUAUUGGACACAAAUAAACAAUCAUGCAUCUUA